AUGCUGAAAAAGGGGAGGAAGGACAAUACUCCGAUAAUGGACGAUUACGGCUAUAGUAACGAAGAAGAGAAUCCACUGAUGUUAAGCAAUUUCGACCACAGUUUUGAGGACAUGACGAUGACUGUUAAUCCGGCUGCUGAGGGGUCUACAAAUGAUGAAAUCAGGACAAAAUUGGAUGUCAAUGAGGGACAUUCUGGGAAGGUGAGAAGAAGAACGACACUGGCCGACCUAUUCUCCGAGGAUUCUGAUUCCAGCAUGAAAAAUAAGCCGAGCUCUCUUGAAUUGGACUCGAAUUGUAGCGGAAAGGGAUUAGUUCGUGCAAAACAGGGCCUUUCUUUCGCUAAGAAACCCAUUCCUCAAGUUGGAGAGCAUUCACGUCCCAUCAAAAUGCUAAACCAAACGAUGAGGAGAAUGAUGAAGAAGAAGAUCCACCCAGAGCUUGAAGGCAGGGGAAAUAAAUUAAACAAUCAAUGUAGCAAGAAGAAACAUGAAGCCAGUGAAUCAGCUUAUCUGCUUCAACAAUCUCCAGACAAAUUUCAAGUGCUGCUACCUGCUACAGCUUGA